AAUAGGAGCCGCGCGGACCACGUGCUCCUUUCGCAGCGCCGUCGCCAUCAUGGAGGGACCGCGGACACAGACCGUUAAACUGGCCCGGGUUACCAAAGUUCUUGGAAGGACAGGCUCACAGGGACAGUGUACUCAGGUUCGCGUGGAAUUUAUGGAUGACAGCAACCGUUCCAUCAUUCGAAAUGUGAAAGGACCAGUCCGUGAGGGGGAUGUACUGACACUUUUGGAAUCUGAACGUGAAGCAAGAAGGUUACGAUAAAAGAUCAACAAAGCCGAUGCCAGUUGUGGUAAUUGGUUGUGGACAUUUUUCACAUUUUGACAAUGGGAUAAUAAACACCUAUAAAUGAAUAAUUUUAA